AUGCCGCCUACUGAGGAAGACUCCCCCUUGCUCGGCAAUAGAUCUGGCAGCCUCUCCUCCACCGGUGCAGGGGUCCUCCUUGUCCAUCUUUACCACCGGCCAAACUCCUUCCAGCUGGCCCCGGAUUCUGCCGGAAGCCUGACCUUCACAUACGGGGACUAUACUGCUGAGCAACUCUGUGUUGCUGCUGCCAAAGCAUGUCGGAUUCUUCCUGUCUACCAUUCCCUGUUCUCCCUGGCCACAGAAGACCUGUCCUCCUGGUAUCCACCCAACCAUGUCUUUCAUGUGGAUGAAUCAUGCAACAAAUCGGCGGUCUACAGAAUUAGGUUUUUCUUUCCCAACUGGUUUGGGCUGCGAAAGUCAUAUCGCUUUGGGCCAGCAAAUGACCAAGAAAAGCCCGUACUGGAUUACCCAACGAUGGAUUAUCUCUUUGCCCAAUCCCGCAGUGAUUUCAUCAGUGGACAGAUGGACGUGUCCUUAACUCUGGAGACCCAAGAGACCUGUCUUAGCCUAGCUGUGCUUGACAUGCUACGAAUCUCAAAGGAGAGAAAAUGGAAUCUGGAAGAGACCCUAAGAACGAUCAGCUAUAAAUCAUGUCUUCCAGAGAAGCUGCGGAGCCAGCUGCAGACACAAAACUUCAUCAUUCGCAAACGCAUCCGCCACCACGUUAGCCGUUCCAUCCGCAAGAUCAGUGUCCUUCAGACCGAAAGCCGCUCUCUUAAGCUGAAGUAUCUUAUGGAGCUAGAGAGUCUACGUGGAGCGCCAGUACAGGAAACCUUCAUCACCAAGGCCCCAGCAGUGAAGGAAGCGACAUGGCUGAUCCGAGUCUCUGGGGAAACAGGGAUCUCCACGAGCCACAGUGAUACUGAGACCUGCCAGCCAUUUUGUGAUUUUCCUGAGAUCACGGACAUUAGCAUCAAACAAGCAAGUCGAGAUGGUCUGCCAGUAGAGAACCGUGUUGUCAGCAUAACCAAGACGGACAGCCGAGUCCUUGAGAUGGAGUUCCUCACCCUGCGGGAUGCCUUGUCCUUUGUCUCGCUGGUCGAUGGCUACUACCGGCUGACAGUCGACACCCAGCACUACUUUUGCAAAGAAGUGGCUCCUCCCCAGCUCCUUGAAAACUUGGAGAACCAGUGCCACGGGCCCAUCACGCCAGAAUUUGCAACAAACAAACUGAAGACAAUGGGCCACGGGGCAGGAUCCUAUUUGCUUCGUCGAAGCCCAGAAGAUUUCGGCAGCUACCUGCUCACCACCUGCAUCGAGACGCCAAUUGGGAAGGACUUCAAAAGCAUACUCAUCCAGAAGAACAAGGAUGGAACCUUCUCAACCGCUGGAGUUUGCAAGAAGUUCUGCAGCUUACGGGAGCUGAUGGGGGUUUGUCGGCAAUUCCACCUCCAGGCGGAUGGAAUAACCCUCCAGCUGGACACCCACUGCCCCCCACAACCCAAAGAAAAAUCAAACCUACUGAUUGCUCGGGGCGGCAGCUGCCACCAGCUCCCCACUUCUCCAUCUGCUCCACGCCGGGCCAUCAACCAAAUGAUGUUCCACAAAAUUCAAGCAGAAAACCUGGUCCAGCUUGAAAGCCUUGGACAAGGAACUUUCACCAGAAUCUACCGGGGCAUCAGAAAGGAACAGACCGAGGAGGAGGAGGAGGAGGAGGAAGAGGAAGGAGAGGCCAGGAACCACACGACAGACAUUGUGAUGAAAGUCUUGGACCUCAGUCACUGCAACUGGGUGGAGCCAUUCCUGGAAGCAGCCAGCAUGAUCGGCCAGCUGUCUCAUAAGCAUCUCAUCUUGCUCUAUGGAGUCUGUGUGGGAGCAGAAAAUAUCAUGGUGCAAGAGUACGUCAAACAUGGAGCCUUGGACACCUACUUGAGAAGGAAUCACGCCACUGGCAAGGUGACAUCUACCUGGAAACUUCAGAUUGCAAAGCAGCUAGCUUACGUGCUCAACUUCUUGGAGGAUAAGAAGAUCGUCCACGGCAACAUCUCUGCCAAGAAGGUGCUGCUAGUCCGGGAGGGGGAUGCCGUAAGAGGAAUACCCCCAUUCAUCAAACUCAGUGACCCAGGAGUCAGCACCGCCGUGCUUACCAAAGACCUAUUAGUGGAUCGUAUCCCAUGGGUGGCCCCAGAGUGCCUGGAGGACUCUAAAAAACUCGCUCUGGAAUCAGACAAGUGGAGCUUUGGUGCAACCAUAUGGGAGAUCUGUAACAAUGGAAACAUGCCCUUGACUGCCAAAGAGCCUGGUCUGAAGCUCAAGUUCUAUCAAGACCGCCACCUGCUCCCACCUCUCAAAUGGACGGAGUUGGCCAACCUGGUAGGCCAGUGCAUGGAUUACAACCCUCAGCAGCGGCCAGCUUUUCGAGCCAUCAUCCGUGACCUCAACAGCCUCAUUACUUCUGAUUACGAACUUCUUUCGGACCUCCCAGCCACUGACAGCUUUGGAGGCUACUCGGAUAUGUCCAUGUGCCAGGAUCCCAAUCUCUUUGAGGACCGUCACCUAAAAUACAUCUCAGUGUUGGGGAAGGGGAAUUUCGGAAGUGUGGAGCUUUGCCGGUACGACCCGCUAGGCGACAGCACCGGGGAGCUGGUGGCCGUGAAGCGGCUGCAGCAGAGCUCACCAGAACAGCGUCUCGACUUUGAACGAGAGAUUGCCAUCCUGCGCGCCUUACACCACGACUACAUCGUUGCCUACCGGGGUGUGUGCUACAGCAGAGGCCGGAAUUGUCUCCGACUUGUCAUGGAAUACCUGCCCAGUGGUUGCCUGCGGAACUACCUGCAGAAAAAUCCGGAGCGGCUGGACCUAAAAAAACUGUUGCUUUACGCCUGGCAGGUCUGUAAGGGUAUGGAGUAUCUGGGGUCCCAACGCUAUAUUCAUAGAGACCUGGCUGCCAGGAACAUCUUGGUGGAAAAUGAAAACCGUGUGAAGAUUGGGGACUUCGGCCUGGCCAAAAUCCUUCCACAUGGGAAGGAGUAUUAUGUGGUUCGAGAGCCUGGACAGAGUCCCAUUUUCUGGUACGCACCGGAAUCUUUAGCCGACAACAUCUUUUCCCAAGAAUCAGAUGUCUGGAGUUUCGGCAUCUUCCUUUAUGAACUUUUCACCUAUGGCAGCAAGAUCUCAGAGGAAUUUCUCCGCAUGAUGGGACACAGCAAGCCCCUUCAGAUUGUCUGUCAACUUCUGGAAUUCCUGAAAGGGAAUGGGAGGCUCCCGCCGCCAGCCAGCUGCCCCACAGAGGUCUAUGAUUUGAUGCUGUCCUGCUGGGCCUUCAUGCCGAACCAGCGGCCCCGAUUCUCCGAGCUGGCACCCCAAAUCGAGACCCUACGAAACGGCCGCAGCAAAGCCCGGGGCUAGGAGGAGCCGCAGCUGUGGUUGAACAGCUCCCCUGCCGCCAACAACACAGAGAAAAGGAACAACGCCUGUUAUAAAACCACACUUGCUUUCUAAAUUUACUAGCUCGCAGUACUGCUCGCAAACGCCACAUUGGCGUGCCCACCCACCUCCUACAACUCUGAUGCUCCUUUAUUCUCCCUCUCACAAGCACCGGCAUGCUCUCAUUCAUGCAGUUUCAGAAAUGUUGCCAGGACUAAACUCACGAUGCAACAGCAGCCAUCCACAUUGUUCUGGAAAGAUUAUACUUAUUCCCUGCUGACAACCCACAAAAUCUGGCUUUUUAAAGAUAAUCGCCAUUGACCACGGAGGCUCCGUUUAGCUAUCCUCAGUAACCGAUGUGCCCCAAAAAGGUUUCCACCCCCAAAAUUCCCUCCGGCAUCCUAUCCGUGACAAGCCAAAUGCUUCCAGGCAGCUCACAAGCAGAGUAUGAGGAGCAACAGGGAGAGUGUUUUUAAGGAAGGGGCAAUGGCUCUGUGGCAGAGUGUCUGCUUGGCAUGGAGAAGGUCCCAAGUUCAAUCCCUGGCAUCUCCAGUAAGAAUCAGGUGAUAGGGGAUAUGAAAGAUCUCAGCCUAAGACU